GGGAGGGCGAGCGCAUGCGCGGACCGGCAAGUGGCUCGAGCGCAGGUUGUUGUCGAUCGGCCGCUCGGCGCAGGUGAGGCCGGGACAGUGCAGGUGAAGCCGGGACAGUGCAGGUGAGGCCGGGACAGUGCAGGUGAGGCCGGGACAGUGCAGGUGCAAGGUGAAGGAUGGACGAUGAUGAAUUCGGAGGAUUUGAGGCAGCAGAGAACUUUGAAGAUGGUGAAACGGGAACACAGUCAGUCUCCCCAGCCAUUCCUUGGGCAGCAUUUACUGCAGGGCCAGGAGUGGAGUUGGGCCAAAGAAAUCCUCCAGAAAUCCUCAUCAACCAGACAACACAAUCAUCUGGAAAGAACACUUCAGAACCUGCCCUCUUUCCAGAUAUUGAGCCUUACUCCGAUUUAAGAGUUGAGUCAAUGGAAAACGCCACAGCAGAACAAAUUUCAUCACCAGAAAAGGUUCAGCCAACGUCUCAACCACCACUUGAUACUGUUGAGGCAUCAGCAAAUUUGCAGAAAAAGGAUCCUCGACAAUCUACAGAUAAUCUUGCAGAACACACAGUGCCCAUAGAAACACAUAAAAUUGAAGUUAAUUCAAAAGAAACACUGGAAAAUAUGGAGCAAAAGCUUUCAGCUGCUGAGAAUGAAAAGCUUGAAAUGAAAAAGGCAUUAGCAGAGAUGUUUGGGAAGUACUCAAAAUUAGAGGAAGAUUAUUUACAAGAGAAAAAGGCAGACGAAGUUUCAUACCAAGACGACUACAAUCAACUCCAGGAAAAACAUAAACAAGAGUUAGAAGAUCUUAGAAAAGCUGGCCACGAUGCUCUUAGCAUUAUUAUUGAAGAAUUUAAGGCAUUAACAAAGUCUGCUGUACUGCAGCAGCAAGAAACCAGCAGAACAUGCCUUCAAUCAGCCAUAGAAAAACAAAUGCAGAAAUGUGAAGAGCUGCUCAAUGUUCAGCACGAGCAUUUGGUAGAAUUACUGGAAAAAGAAAAAAGUGCACAGCAACUCAAGAUAAAAGAAACUUUGGAUGAACAAACAGAACUGCACAAGGACAGACUUGAAAAGUGUCUGGAUGAGGAAAGGAUAAGAAGCCAAGAGGCAAUGGAUAAAGUUGUACAGGCAGAAAAGGAAAUCAUUACUGAAGCUGUUUUGAAAGCUGUGCAAGUGGAGAGGGAAAGGAUGGAAAGGAUCCAGAUGGAGAAAAGAGAACUAUGGGAAAUUGAGCGUGGCAAGGACCAAGAAAGGUUGGAGCAAGCCAUCCAGGAGGCAUUACAAGAGGAGAGGAACAAAAGCCAGGAAGCCAUAAGGGAAACAGUAAAUGAAGAAAGAAGUAAAAGUAAGAAAGCUGUGGAGGAGACAGUUCAAAAAACCAGGGAGGAUAUGGCCAAAUAUAUCAAGGAGCAAAAGAGGAUUGACCAAGUGGCUCAACAGCGUAACCUGACCAGUUUGGGGCUGUUUCUAUCGUGCGCACAGAAGCAGUUGUCUGCACUUUUGGAAGAUAUGCCAUCAGCUGUAAAACAAGACACUGAAUAACUUCAAGAUGAUUAAACAGAUGAAGCAAGAAAAACAAACACAAUAACACAAUAAUCCUGGCACCACCAGUUAUGGUUUCUGUGUGUUUGGAAAUGCCAUUCCUGUUGUGCAUCUUGGUUUAGAAUGUGUGCAUUCUGUGUAUAUUACUUGCAGGCCUUCAAACAAGAUACUCUUACAAUUGUACAAAAAUAAUUAUGAACAUUAUUGGCACAAGAUUAUUAAACUGGCUUAAUAAAGGAAGUAACAUUAAACAUGAACAUUAAUUUACACGAAGGACACAGUUAUGUUCACAUACCAUUAUGCGUUAGCUUUCUAAGUAUUGUAAUAUGGGACAUAAAUACCUGUAUGAUACUGGAAUUGCUUUCCUCAAACUCCAGGUAUAUAUUUCAUAAUUAUAGUUGUCACUUGCCACAACAGAAGGGUUUUGGAUAAUGGGAACUUUAAACCAGUUUGAAACAAUCUUGUGCAUCUUCCAUGAGAAGAAUAAGGUUUUCUUAAUUUUGUAUUAUCUGCUGAGAAAUAACACUAAGCUUUAUGGG